CAUAUAUAGCCGGGCGGGAGCCGCCGAGCGGCACGGAGCCCGGCCCGUCGCCCGCGCCCCGCCGAGCCCGGCCCGCCCGCCGCCUCGCCCCCAUGAUGGGCUCGGUGCUGCCCGCCGAAGCCUUGGUGCUCAAGCCCGGGCUGAAGCCUCAGGGUCUCUCGCUGGCCGAGGUGAUCACCUCCGAUAUCCUGCACAGCUUCCUCUACGGCCGCUGGAGAAACGUCCUGGGCGAGCAGCUCUUCGAGGAGAAGAGCAGCCCCAAGACCGCCUUCACGGCUGAGGUCCUGGCUCAGUCCUUCUCCGGAGAGGUGCAGAAGUUGUCCAGCCUGGUGCUGCCGUCGGAAGUGAUCAUCGCCCAGAGCUCCAUCCCCGGGGAAGGGCUCGGCAUCUUCUCCAAGACCUGGAUCAAGGCUGGCACUGAGAUGGGACCGUUCACGGGCAGGGUCAUCUCACCAGAGCAUGUGGACCUGUGCAAGAACAACAACCUCAUGUGGGAGGUCUUCAAUGAAGACGGCACGGUGCGGUACUUCAUCGAUGCCAGCCAGGAGGACCACCGCAGCUGGAUGACCUACAUCAAGUGUGCACGGAACGAGCAGGAGCAGAACCUGGAGGUGGUCCAGAUUGGGAACAGCAUCUUCUACAAGGCUAUUGAGAUGAUUCCUCCGGAUCAAGAGCUGCUGGUCUGGUACGGAAACUCCCAUAACACCUUCCUGGGCAUCCCAGGUGUGCCGGGGCUGGAAGAGGAGCAGAAGAAGAACAAACAUGAGGAUUUCCAUGCCGUGGAGACGGGGGCCAGCACGACGGGGCGCAUGCGCUGCGUCAUCUGCCACCGCGGCUUCAACUCCCGCAGCAACCUGCGCUCCCACAUGCGCAUCCACACCCUGGACAAGCCCUUCGUCUGCCGCUUCUGCAACCGCCGCUUCAGCCAGUCCUCCACGCUCCGCAACCACGUCCGCUUGCACACCGGCGAGCGGCCCUACAAGUGCCAGGUUUGCCAAAGUGCCUACUCGCAGCUCGCCGGGCUGCGGGCGCACCAGAAAAGCGCCCGCCACCGGCCCCCCAACGCCUCCCUGCAGGCUCACUCGCCCGCCCUGCCCGUGCCCCAUCCCGCAUCCCUGGCCCAUCACAUCCCCACCAUGGUGCUGUGAGCCCCGCACGGGUUUUUUGGACAGCAAAGACUGACGCUGAGACAUGCCGUGAACUGGGGGUGUUGGCCCGGGGCAGAGGUUUUGUGUGUUGGAGCGAGGGUGACGGUUUAUUUUUGGAGCAUCGCUGUUUGCGUGGGGUUCGGCAGGUUGUUUGGUGAGCAAGGGGAAAACUCCCCAGCUCUGCAAGAUGCUGGUGGGAUCCUCCUUGGGGAGAUGGAGUGCAGGGGGGGCUGCUGGUCCCUGGGACCGGUGGGGGGAGAGGGACAAAGAGACACGGUGGGAUGUCCUGCGUGGAUUUGCCGGUGCACUGGGGGAGGGCUGGGGCAGCCUAAAAGUGGGGCCAGAAUGACUCAUGCCCGGGGUUUACAGAUAAUUUGUUGGAAAGAAAAAUUGCUCCUAUCCCUCCUCCUCCACUCCAGCGAGUGCCCAGAGAGACACAGCCGCGCUGACGGGCUGGGACACCCCUGUCGCGGCCACCCCCCAGGGGCAGCUUUGGCCCUGGUGGCUCUUUCCAAGGGACACAUUUCCCUCCUCGGGAGCCCUAAUUUAGCAAACAGUCACAUUUCCUUCCUCCUUGCCAAUCCCUUUGCCUGUCCAAGCCAUGUGCUGGGGUUUUCCUGCCACCUCCGAGUGAUGCCAUGGGGGACAGGCCACAUGUCAUGGGGACACCCCCGGUAUGACGUGCCAGGUGGAAAUGCCCACCCACGGGCAGGAUUUGUGGGGGACCCGGUGCUCAGCCCCUGGAGCAUCAUCGCUCCCGGUGAUGGGGGAACAUUUCGGCUGUUAGUUCUGCUGCCCUCUGGGGACAGAGACAACCCAUCCCUGGGCCAGCUGUCCCCAAGGACAACUCUAAGCGCCCUCUGCAGUUCUGCCACAUGUGAGGGGGGGUCUGUGUAUCAUAGCGCUUAAAAGAAGGUAUUCUAAUAUUAAUUAUAAGUCUAAGGUGUAUAAAGUUCUCACAAGCUGUGUUUUACUUCCAGAAAAAAAAAAAGAACAAACGACUGUCACUUUAACUUUGUACAUAUUUAUGUAAACAUUAUUUACAAAACUUUGAUAUUAUAUAUUAUUUGAUUGUAUAUGUACACAGUGUAAAUACAUUUGUACCUUUCUCUUGUAUUCUAAAUAAAAAUUACUUGGGACAUUUAUCAUUUA